UCAGUUAUUAUCAUGGCGGAAGCUGCUGCGCCCGUGGAGAAGGCCGACCGCACUCUACAGCGCACGGACAGCUUUCGACGCAAGCAGAUAUCGAUGCGUUGCAUCCCGGAAUUGGAAAGCGUGGCCGCUGUGACGCGUUCAUUCAACCGCCAUCUUCACUACACGCUCGUCAAAGACAGGAAUGUCGCCACGGCUCGAGACUACUACCUGACACUGAGCCACGUCGUGCGCGACCAGCUGGUCGGCAAAUGGAUUCGAACGCAGCAGUCGUAUUACGAAAAAGACCCAAAGAGGAUCUACUACUUGUCACUUGAGUAUUACAUGGGACGGUCACUUACUAACACGAUGGUCAAUCUGGGUAUUGAUGGAGAGUGUGAUGAGGCAAUGUAUCAGAUUGGGCUUGACAUCGAAGAGCUGGAGGAGGUGGAAGAUGAUGCCGGUUUGGGUAAUGGUGGUUUGGGAAGAUUAGCAGCCUGCUUUUUGGAUUCGAUGGCUACACUCGGUCUUGCAUCAUAUGGUUACGGCCUUCGUUAUGAGUACGGUAUUUUCACUCAGAAGAUUGAGAACGGUUGGCAAGUUGAAUAUCCAGACGAAUGGUUGAGGUUCGAGAAUCCAUGGGAGAAGCCUCGUCCUGAGUAUACAAUCCCCGUCCAUUUCUACGGUCGUAUCAACGAGAAUGGCGAGUGGGUUGACACCGAAACCGUGUACGCCAUGCCGUAUGAUACGCCCAUUCCUGGAUACAAGAACCAGACAGUGAACACACUGAGACUGUGGUCGGCGAAGGCAACAAAGUCAUUCGAACUCUCGUAUUUUACCAAAGGAGAUUACAUUGCAGCUGUUUUGGAUAGAAAUGUGGCUGAAAACAUCUCACGUGUGCUUUAUCCAAAUGACAACUUCUUUGAGGGCAAGGAGCUGCGUCUGAAACAGGAAUAUUUCAUGGUGGCUGCAACUUUGCAGGACAUCAUUAGACGAUAUAAGUCGUCACAUUUUGGAUCCAGAGAAGCAGUUAGGACGACUUUUGCUCAUUUCCCAGAAAAGGUUGCUAUUCAACUAAAUGACACUCAUCCAUCCCUUGCUCUACCUGAACUAAUGAGAAUCCUGUUAGACAAAGAAGGUCUAGACUGGGAUACAGCUUGGCAUAUUUGUGUUCAAGCAUGUGCUUACACGAAUCAUACGAUCCUUCCAGAGGCUCUGGAGAGGUGGCCUGUCAGUAUGUUAGAGAAACUACUACCUCGACACUUGCAGAUCAUUUAUCUUAUCAACCACCACUUUCUCCAAGAGGUGACAAAAAAAUUUCCUGGUGAUAUCGAACGAAUGGGCCGUAUGUCUCUUGUUGAAGAGACUGGAGAGAAACGAAUCAACAUGGCUCACUUGUCUAUUGUUGGAUCACAUGCCAUCAAUGGAGUGGCAAAGCUUCAUUCCGAAAUCCUGAAGACAUCCGUCUUUCGGGAUUUCUACGAAAUGUAUCCGGAACGAUUCCAAAACAAGACGAAUGGUAUCACACCACGUCGCUGGCUACUGAUCUGCAAUCCUUCACUUUCUGAUGUCAUUACUGAUAAAAUUGGCAAAACGUGGGUCACCGAAUUAUCAUUACUCGAGAACUUGAAGGUUUUUGCUGACGACAUCAAUUUCCACAGAGCUCUCUACGAUGCCAAGCAAGAGAACAAGAGACAGCUAACUGCGUACUUUGAGAAGACGUAUGGAGUUGUUGUCAAUCCUGACUCGAUGUUUGAUGUGCACGUGAAACGAAUCCACGAAUACAAGCGACAACUGAUGAAUGCUCUUCACAUCAUCUACCUUUAUAACAAGCUGAAAGCAGAUCCUGACAUGGAGUUUGUUCCCAGGACUGUGAUUAUUGGUGGAAAGGCUGCACCUGGCUAUCAUACUGCAAAGCUGAUCAUCAAGCUGAUCAAUGCUAUUGCUGACGUUGUGAACAAUGAUCCAAUUAUCGGUGAUCGUCUAAAAGUCAUCUACCUUGAGAACUACAGAGUCAGUCUUGCCGAAAAAGUGAUUCCGGCUGCAGAUCUGUCACAACAGAUUUCGACAGCUGGUACUGAAGCUUCUGGGACGGGAAACAUGAAGUUCAUGGCCAAUGGGGCGCUGACUAUUGGCACUCUAGAUGGAGCUAAUGUUGAAAUGCGUCAAGAAAUGGGUCCAGAAAAUAUCUUUAUAUUUGGGAUGACAGUGCAGGAAGUCGAGGAGUUGGGCAAGAGAGGAUACAAGCCUAAAGAGUAUUAUGACAGUGACCGUGAUUUAAAAAAGGCAAUGGACCAGAUUCAUGAUGGUUACUUCCUGCCUAGUCAACCAGACUGUUUCCACCACCUGAUUGAUCACUUGCUGCAUCAUGACAGAUUCUACGUCUUGGCUGACUUUCGGUCCUACGUGAAAUGCCAACAGCGGGUUAAUGCUGUCUUUCAGGACAACGAUGUGUGGAUGCGUAUGGUUGUUCACAACAUUGCAUCUUGUGGUUUCUUCAGUAGUGAUCGUACCAUCUCCCAGUAUGCUCACGAUAUCUGGGGAGUAAAGCCAACUCCUCCAAAUGUGCCUAUUGAACGAAGUCCAUCGCCCACUCUUGCUCACAGAGUACUCAGUGAUGAAGUCAGCAGCCAUUUGAAAGUGGCAAGUGAAGCCAAGAGUGCAUCGACUGAAACCGGUGUUUGACAUUGCCGAAAGGACAAGCAUUCUUGAUUCAUCACUAUCCUAGGAUACUGUAGUUUAGAGGUUAGCAACUAUGAUAUACAGUGUGCAGAAGACUAAAGUAUGGUGUCAAUGUCGACCAUUUCAUUGAUUAUCACUCCAGACAG